AUGAGUGCCUGCAGCCACUCCACAUUCGCGUGCAUGGAUCCGCACGCUUUCCCUGCACGGUUGCACAUGCGUGCCUUUCACUCUGACUGUGAGCACGUGCUCUGCCCUUGUCCCGCAACAGUCGAAGCCCACCUCUCCGCUGCCUCCUCCCCACCCCUCCCUCGCGCCCUCCCUUCCGUCUCCGCCGCUGCCGCUCGUGCUCUCGCCUUCAUCUCCCCCGCUCCCUUCCUCUCCUCCUCCUCCGCCUCUUCCCUCGCCGCUACAACCAUCUCCCUUGCACCAUCUUCCUCAUCAUCAUCAGCAGCAGCAGUGGCAGCGUCAGCAGCAGCAGCGGUGUCAACAGCAACGGGAGCGGCAGUGUGGCCGGCACCAGUGGCGGCACAGCAACCGGCUGACUUUGACGAUCUCUUUCAGAAGCUCAGAACCAGCCCCUCACUCCCCGAUGGUGUCAAGCGCAGCAGCACCGAGCAGCACCACAUGCUGCACACCAAGCCCACUGUCUCCUCCCCUUCUUCCCCCUUCCUUCCCACUCCUCGCCCCAUUUCCCUCCCAUGCAGCCCCUCUCUCCCAGACGCUGUCAAGCGCAGCAGCACGGAGCCACACCAUGUGCUGCAGACGCACCUCAUUCUCAGGAACGUUCCAGGAACCAUCCAGGCGCUGCGGUCGUGGAUCAUCCCCUCGGUGGCUCCGUCGGGAUUGGCUGCUUCUCUGGGCGGCAAUGUGGAGAGCGACUCCGACCCUGCCCUGGUGCGGUGUGGCGCCCACCUGGUGGUGCUUCUGCGCUCCGUGCUCCCCGCUGCUGCUCGCCAGCAGUACAGGGACUGGCUCAACACGUCAGGCGAUGUCAUUCUCUACUGUGUGCUGCUGGCAGCGCAGCGCAGGGACCAUCUCACGCCCUCUGCGCCUCUCUGCUGCUCACGCCCUCGCUUCUUUCCCCGUUCCCCAAUGCUCUCCCCACUCCCUGCCCCCUCUCAUCCCAUCAGCUACUGUGUGUUGCUGGCAGCGCAGCGCAGGGACCAUCUCACACCGCUCUACGCCUCACUGCUGCUCACGCCCUCCCUCACCUCUGACUUCUUCCUUCAGCUAUUCGAGCAGCGCAAGACAGACAGGGGGCUGUUGGAUGCUGCUGCUGCUGCUGCUGCUGCUGCUGCUGCUGCUGCUGCUGCUGCUGCUGCUGCUGCUGCUGCUGCUGCUGCUGCUGCUGCUGCUGCUGCUGCUGCUGCUGCUGCUGCUGCUGCUGCUGCUGCUGCUGCUGCUGCUGCUGCUGCUGCUGCUGCUGCUGCUGCUGCUGCUGCUGCUGCUGCUGCUGCUGCUGCUGCUGCUGCUGCUGCUGCUGCUGCUGCUGCUGCUGCUGCUGCUGCUGCUGCUGCUGCUGCUGCUGCUGCUGCUGCUGCUGCUGCUGCUGCUGCUGCUGCUGCUGCUGCUGCUGCUGCUGCUGCUGCUGCUGCUGCUGCUGCUGCUGCUGCUGCUGCUGCUGCUGCUGCUGCUGCUGCUGCUGCUGCUGCUGCUGCCAGCUCAGCAUCCAACAGCCCCCUUUCAUUCCAUCCCCCUUUUCACUAG